CCCCAUCAGACUCUGACCCAGUUCUUGAAAGACUUUGGAAACACAAAUGUUUCAGAAUGUACAUUCUGGAAGCCAAUGGCUGCUUCAGCCACUGACGAUUUUGCUGCUGUUUGCUUUUGCAGACAGGCAGACUGCAGAUCUCCCGAAGGCUGUGGUGAAACUUGAGCCCCCAUGGAUCCAGGUGCUCCAGGAAGACAGUGUGACACUGAAAUGCGAAGGGACCCGCAACCUUGGGAACAAUUCGACCCAGUGGUUCCACAAUGGGAGAUCCAUCAGCAGCCAGGCCCAUCCCAGCUACAUGUUUAAAGCCACAGUCAAUACCAGUGGAGAGUAUCAGUGUCAAACGGGCCAGACCAGCCUCAGCGACCCUGUACAUCUGGGAGUGAUUUCUGACUGGCUGCUGCUCCAGACCCCCCAACUGGUGUUCCUGGAAGGGGAAACCAUCAUGCUGAGGUGCCAUAGUUGGAGGAGCAAACCCCUGAACAAGAUCACAUUCUACCAGAAUGGAAAAUCAGUGAAAUUUCAUCAUUACAGUGGCAACUUCUCCAUCUCCAAAGCCAAUCACAGCCACAGUGGUGAUUACCACUGCACAGGACUUCUAGGAAGGACAAAAUACUCGUCAAAGCCUGUGACCAUCACUGUCCAAGGUUCAGCGGCUGCACCCACCGUCUCUCUACUUUGGUACCACGCCGCUUUCUGCCUAGUGAUGUGCCUCCUGUUUGUAGUGGACACGGGCCUUUAUUUCUGUGUUCGGAAAAACCUUCAACCCCCAGUGGAGGCCUGGAGGAAAACUCUGUCAAUCAGAAGGUGUCAGGCUCCUCAGGACAAGUGACAUCUCAUCGUAGGGCGGCAAAUAGCAGUGGCAGCAGCAUCUCUUCAGCCACCCUGUUGCUUCUCCUUUUAAAAAAGCAGCUUAGAGCCAGGCCUGAGAUGUGGUCCUGCAAUUACAGUUACGCAGGAGGCUGUGGCAGGAGGAUCACCGGUUCAAGGCCUGCCUAGGUGCCAGAGUGAGUGCAAGUCUAGCCUGGAUAACUUAGUGACAUCCUCUUUCAAGAAAAGAAGGCUGGAUACGGAGUGUGUAGGUUGUGUUUAGAUGGCUUACCAGGAAAGGGCACCUGUUGCUAAGCCUGCCAACAAGAGCAGCGUUUGAUCCUGGGGACCCACAUGGCGGAAGGAGAGAACAAAUUCCUGAAAGUUGUCCUCUGACCUCCACACAUCCACCACGGCAGGUGCACCUUCUCUUUCUACAUGCACACACAAAAUAAAGACAUUCAAAUGUACUUUUUUUGUUUUUUUGGGUUUUUUUGUUUUGUUUUUUCGAGACAGGGUUUCUCUGUGUAGCUUUGCGCCUUUCCUGGAACUCACUUGGUAGCCCAGGCUGGCCUCGAACUCACAGAGAUCCGCCUGGCUCUGCCUCCCGAGUGCUGGGAUUAAAGGCGUGCGCCACCACCGCCCGGCCUUUUUUGGUUUUUUUAACAAGAAAGGGAGAAAGAGAGGGCUGAGGCUUGGUGGCAGAACUGUUAUUCAGUAUACAUGAUGUCCUGGGUUUGACCUCCAGCAAUCCAACAAAAACCAACCUGGGCUAAGGAUCUCCCUUUUGUGACUUGUUUGUUCAAAAUAAUAUAAAAGCCUUCCCUUGUACUAAAAGGAAGUCUAAUGACUUUUCAGUGUUCUCCAAGAUGAUACCACAUGAUCUUGCCACUCUGAUCUCAUUUCCUUCUCCUUUUCCUUGCUCAUUCUUGGGCAUGUUCGCUCUUCCUCGAACACAGCACCCAUACUUUCAUAUACCAUCAUUUCUGUUUCAGGGAUGUUCUUGUUUACAGAGGCCCACGUCCUGUUUCACCAUGCAAAGUAUAAAGUGUUCCAGGCAGAACUCAGACUGAGGCUUGACGCUCAGGUCAGUGGUGCUAGGAGGUGGAGACCAAUGGGAGGCGCUCAGAUCAUGAGGGAUGCUUGUAUGCAUAGAUGGACGCUCUUCAGGAGGAAACGCUUAGCCACCUCACAGCUUAGCAGCUUGCAGUCUCGCCAGGACCCUUACUUGCUCUUGGGCUUCUCAGCCACGCAUAGAGCAACACAAGGUCCUCAUCAGGAGCCAAGCGAAUGUGACCAUCUGAACUUGGACUAAAGUCUCUGGGAACUAAAUAAACCUUUUUCUAAAAAGAAAAAAAAAAGAACCUAGUCGCAUAUGCUUUACUCUACAGCAACAGAAAACCAACUGAGAUUCAGUUUUUAUUCAGAUGUCAUCAGUCAGGGCGCUUUGAUUAUUCAGUAGUAUAACCUUAUUCCUCUCCUAAGUCUCCUUCCCGGUUUAUUGUUUUCCUGUGCACUUAUCAUCAUCAUCAAUACGCUGUGUGCUUGCUUGUUUAGUGUGGGACUUUCCUCCUCCACCAGUUAGUUUCUUUCUUUCUUUCUUUCUUUCUUUCUUUCUUUCUUUCUUUCUUUCUUUCUCCUCCUCUUCCUCAUCCUCCUCCCCUUCUUCCUCCUUCUUCUUCUUGAGACAAGCAGCCCUGACUGUCCUAGAACUCACUCUGUAGACCAGGCUGGCCUAGGAACUCACAGAAAUCCCCUGCCUCUGCCUCCCGAGUGCUGGGAUUAAAGGCGUGUCCACCAUGCCUUGCCCUUUCCCCCCCUUUUUCUCUUCUCUUAAGAUGCUGACCAGGAUCCUAAGUAUGCUUGCCCGUGACACUUGUCUUUCUUACUGUUUUCUUGAAGACUUCCAGGCCCUUUUUAUAGCUGCUUGCAGAUCUCCAUUGCUGACCUUGAAGGACAGACUUCUCCAUCUCCCUCCUCCUGGUAGCUUCUGAGAUUUGCAGUGCGCCCACUCUGUGGUUUUCCCCUCAAAUUCUAAUGAAAUGGUCCUUGAGUUUCCUUAUGAGUUUCCUUUUGGGUUCUUUUAUCAAUGAGACUGAGAACUUGCAAAAGGGAACUCAGAUUCUCUAGAAGAGGCUGGGUUUUCUGGCUUCCUGAACUCCUCCGCCCCCUGCUUUGCAGAGGCUCUUUCUCUCUGUGUAGCUUCUGAAGAUGUGUGUGUCCUCACCUCCAAUAAAUCAAUAAAUGCCUUUUUUCAGUUGCUGA